GGUCGCCUCGCCGGCGGGAGCGAGCGCGGGUGCCCAGGGCCCAGGGCGCGCACCUUCGUCCGCGGUUCUCCCGCACAGCGGCGACUGCGAUCGCGCUGCAGGGUUAGUGCAACCUCAACUCCAGACAAAGGUGGGAUAUCAUGGCAUCUGUCUGGGUUGGACACCGAGGGACAAUGAGAGACUAUCCAGGCUUUAGCCCAUCAGUGGAUGCUGAAGCUAUUCGUAAGGCAAUCAGAGGAAUUGGAACUGACGAGAAAACGCUCAUCAGCAUUCUGACUGAGAGGUCAAACGCACAGCGGCAGCUGAUUGUGAAGGAAUAUCAAGCAGCAUAUGGAAAGGAGCUGAAAGAUGACUUGAAGGGUGAUCUCUCUGGCCACUUUGAACAUCUCAUGGUGGCUCUUGUGACACCACCAGCAUUGUUCGAUGCAAAGCAGCUAAAGAAAUCCAUGAAGGGCACUGGAACAAAUGAAGAUGCCUUGAUUGAAAUCUUAACCACCAGAACAAGCAGGCAAAUGAAGGAGAUCUCUCAAGCCUAUUACACAGUAUAUAAGAAGAGUCUUGGAGAUGACAUUAGUUCUGAAACAUCUGGUGACUUCCGGAAAGCUCUGUUGACUUUGGCAGAUGGCAGAAGAGAUGAAAGUCUGAAAGUGGAUGAGCAUCUGGCCAAAAAGGACGCCCAGAUUCUCUACAAUGCUGGUGAGAACAGGUGGGGCACGGACGAAGAUAAAUUCACUGAGAUCCUGUGCUUAAGGAGCUUCCCUCAACUGAAGCUAACAUUUGAUGAGUACAGGAAUUUCAGCCAGAAGGACAUUGAGGACAGCAUAAAAGGAGAAUUAUCUGGGCAUUUUGAAGAUUUACUGCUGGCCAUAGUUCAUUGCACGAGGAACACGCCUGCCUUUUUAGCUAAAAGACUGCAUCAGGCUUUGAAGGGUGCUGGAACUGAUGAGUUUACUCUGAACCGAAUAAUGGUUUCCAGAUCAGAAAUUGACCUGUUGGAUAUUCGAGCCGAGUUCAAGAGGAAUUACGGCUAUUCCCUAUAUUCAGCAAUUAAAUCAGAUACCUCUGGAGACUAUGAAAUCACCCUCUUAAAGAUCUGUGGAGGAGAUGACUGAGUGAAGAAGAUGAUCUCCAAAAGUCACCUGCUCCCAUGAUGAGCUCUUUCCAAGGCUCCGCUCGUUUCUUUCCCACAAUAUUUAAAAGUGUAAGCAAGUGUAAACAGCAACCUGUUUUCCUCACAGAAAUUUUUAUUGUCCCAUAACAACAAUAACAACAAAAGUGAUUAUUUUAGAGUACCUCAUUUAUAAUGUAGUAGUUUAUAAAUGAAAUUUAAGACGGUAUUAAGGAUCUUGUAACACUAUCCAAUUACACUCAUAUUUCUGCUUAGAAAGUCAGAAUCUGUAUAGUUCUAACCCAUUAAAUAUAAAGCAGGGUAAUAAAAAUUGCUGCCUUUCUUAAAGAUAAUUUGUCUGUUUUUAGAGUCUACCAGCAUUGGGCUGGUGCUAACAACUAAUGUUAUUUCAAAACACAUUUUUGUUAUGAAAGCUGUCAUUGCUUCAAUUUAUCUAUCACCUUAUUAA